UGCGCGUCACGCCCGAGCGUCUCAUUUUCGUUGAGCAUCCAACGUUCAACCACGUACGCACAGGAUGGCACUACAACCCUCCCUACGACCUCUCAUAAUUGCAGGGUCACCGAAUUCUCCACACACACUCGAGAUAUUCCUCGAUUAUGUCUGCCCUUUCAGUGCAAAAAUGGCAUUGGCAAUUGAAAACGUCCUUCGACCACUGUUCGGUCCAAACGGAAAAUAUGAAGGAAAAGUGAAAGUGGUUUUCAGGAAUCAAGUGCAGCCAUGGCAUUCUUCCUCGACUUUUGUUCACGAAGCUAGUCUAGCCGUUGCCCGCUCUUCACCAGACAACUUCUGGGCAUUCUCUCUAGCGCUCUUUAAACGUCAAGGAGAGUAUUUCGAUAUCCCCACUUCGACCCUUACACCCUUACAAAUCCGUGCCAAACUCGCGAAGCUUGCGACAGACGUUGUUGGAUCUCAAUUGUCGGACGAAUUAAGCGAGCUUCUCAAACUCAAAAGCUCUCCCAAUGGCGGGGUAGACGUUACCGAUGAUCUGAAGUACACGGUCAAAUUCUCAAGGCAGAACGGUAUCCACGUCUCGCCCACUGCCAUGUGGGAUGGUGUUACUGCCAAUGAGAUCUCGAGCAGUUGGAGUGAGAAGGAGUGGAUCGAGUUCUUCGCGACGAAAGUAAGGGUCUGAGUGGGACUGACAACGUGAAGUUUCGGGUGCGUGCCAUAGAUCUAAGAAGUCUUGUAAAUAUAUACAUGCAAUGAACCUGCAACACGAAGUGAUGAUUUACUGUCCCGGA